AUGACUGUGACUUACACUGCGCGCGUGGCAAACGCGCGUUUCUGCGGCUUCUCCAAGUUGCUCGUAGCGUGGAAAGGAAGCAUAUAUAAGGUUUUGUACAAGGAGUUCCUCGCCUUUUUCGCCCUAUAUACGGCAAUCAGCAUCAGCUACAGAUACUUUCUUUCAGAUGAUCAAAAGAGAUACUUUGAAAAACUCUCAAUUUACUGUAACAACUACGCCAGCCUUAUCCCGAUGUCUUUUGUAUUAGGAUUUUACGUUACUUUGAUCGUGAAUCGAUGGUGGAAUCAGUACACGUCUAUCCCACUGCCUGACAGGAUCAUGUGCACGCUCUCGGGAGGUUUGCAGGGCGGGGACGAGCGUGGCCGGCUGUUGCGUCGCACAUUGAUGCGCUACGCCAGUCUGUCUGCGAUUCUGAUCCUGCGAUCUGUCAGUACCGCGGUAUUCAAACGUUUUCCUACCAUGGAUCAUGUGGUGGAAGCAGGUUUUAUGACCAGAGAGGAGCGUAAGAAAUUCGAGAGCUUGCAGUCUCCUUAUAAUAAGUACUGGAUCCCCUGCGUGUGGUUCACUAACCUUGCCGCCGUGGCUCGCUGUGAGGGGAGGAUUAAAGAUGACAACACUCUCAAACUACUGCUGGAGGAGCUCAAUGCAUUCAGAGGGAAAUGCAGCAUGCUUUUCCACUACGACAUGAUCAGUGCACCGCUGGUCUACACUCAGGUUGUAACUCUGGCCGUGUACAGUUUUUUCCUUGUCUGUUUAAUUGGUCGACAGUUUUUGGACCCCAGUCAGGGUUACCCGGGUCACGACCUUGACCUUUACAUUCCUAUAUUCACAUUGCUGCAGUUCUUUUUCUACGCUGGCUGGUUAAAGGUGGCAGAGCAGUUGAUUAAUCCCUUUGGAGAGGAUGAUGAUGAUUUUGAAACGAACUGGCUCAUCGACAGAAACUUCCAGGUGUCUAUGAUGGCUGUAGAUGAGAUGUAUGGAGAUCUGCCCAUGAUGGAGAGAGACAGAUACUGGAACGACUCGAACCCACGUCCUCCCUACACCGCUGCCACUCUCUUCGUGCUCCGGAAGCCCUCGUUCCAGGGCUCCACCUUUGACAUGGCAAUUCCCAAAGAGGAGAUGCACUUCCAGCCGCUGGAGGACAUCGCGGAGAACCUGGAAGAACCCGGAAGUCGGAACCCGAACCUGGCUCUGUUUAACCGUCUCCUGAACGCUGCUCCUUCCCCAACCGGGUUCAUGGGCGGAGCCCUGAGACGCACCUCCGCCCAGCUCCAGAGACUCACCCGCUCCACCAGCCCUGACCCGUCUUACUCCGAGGGAGAGGAAGAGGAGUCAGGGAGAAACGGGGGGGUCAUGGGGGGGUCGCUGCCUUCGGGUUUGGGUCAGGACACACAGAGCACCAUCUGCAGCUGCGGAGGUCUGAUCAAUGCGCACACAGCUCUCUCCGCGCUGGAGUUUAAGAAACACGAAGGAGGUGGAAACGAACAGGGAGGAGAGGAGGAGGCAGUGGUGGACGUCUGGAAGAGGAGGACGGAGAAAGAGGAGAAGGAUGUGAAGGAGGAGAGCCCGAGUCGGUCGUCCAUGCCAAAGAUCCCACCGCCCUCAAACCGAACAAAAGAGAGGAAGAUGGCGUCAAGGAUGGCUCCGCCCAAUCCUCUCUCUCUUGCCACGCCCAGACCACGCAUCUCCCUUCCUCCCGCCACCAAUCGCUCCACUCCUGAUUUCUUCUCCUCCCAGUCAGCCAUCGAGCAGAACAGAGCUGUGUUCUCCAUCCCAAAGCCACCUGGUGGGAAGGUGUCCCCUGGAAUGUCCCUGCUGACCGUUCCGACGUUCGACGUGGCCCCGCCCGCGUCUGAGGACACGCCCUCCACGGGCCACGCCCAGCGUUUACGAAGCGUCAGCAUGGGCUCUGAGGUCGUCAUCGCAGCCACUAAUACUGAGGAGUAG